AUGGAAAGGACCAACUGGACAGACAUUGAGUUCAUUCUACAGGGACUUUCUGAGUAUCCAAGAGCAGAAAAACUCCUUUUUGUGAUGUGUUUGUUGAUGUACCUGGUGAUUCUCCUGGGGAACAGCACUCUGAUCAUCCUCACUCUCCUGGAUUCCCACCUUCACACCCCUAUGUACUUCUUCCUCGGCAAUCUUUCCUUCCUUGACAUUUGGUACACAUCCUCCUUUAUCCCCUCAAUGCUGAUACACUUUCUAUCAGAGAAAAAAACUAUCUCCUUCACUAGAUGUGUUGCUCAGAUGUCUGUCUCUUACACUAUGGGGUCGACAGAGUGUGUACUUCUAGCAGUGAUGGCAUAUGACCGUUACGUAGCCAUCUGCAUCCCUCUGAGAUACCCUAUCAUCAUGAACAAGGCACUUUGUAUUCAGACAGCAGCUCUCUCCUGGGGACUGGGCUUUCUCAACUCAUUGACAGAAACAAUUCUUGCAGUACGGUUGCCGUUCUGUAGGAAAAAUGUCAUCAAUCAUUUUGUUUGUGAAAUAUUGGCCUUUGUCAAGCUAGCUUGCACAGAUAUAUCCUUGAAUGAGAUUACUAUCAUGUUGGGCAAUGUAAUAUUUUUGUUCGUUCCAUUACUGUUGAUUUGUAUCUCAUACAUUUUCAUCCUUUCUACUGUACUAAGAAUCAAUUCAGCUGAAGGAAGAAAAAAGGCUUUUUCCACCUGCUCAGCCCACAUAAUGGUGGUGACUGUGUUUUAUGGGACAAUCCUCUUCAUGUAUAUGAAGCCAAAGUCCAAAGACGCUGCUUUUGACAAAUUGAUUGCCCUGUUCUAUGGAGUAGUCACACCGAUGCUCAAUCCUAUCAUCUAUGGCCUGAGGAAUACAGAAGUGCAUGGUGCUAUGAGAAAAUUCACAGCUAGACUGGUUCUGGAGGAAAGAAUGAGAAAUUUGCAUUUUUGA